AAGUAGGGUAUUUAUGGACUCUGCUGCCCUACCCUGGCCUAUCACCAGCUGCUGGCAAGCGCACCUUGUUCCCGCUGGCCAUUCUUCCUGAGGUUCCACUCCUUGUCCUGCAGAUAUUGGCAGGCCUGUUUUUGUCCCCACCACGCCAAUACCCUACGGGAAAAGGAGCUGGGACAACUGGCUGUUUGCAGAGCAGACCACAGGAUAGAGCUGCGGAAACCGGCCCUCAGGGAGAGGUGCCGAGUCUGAGGACCUGGAGACCCUCCAAGCCCAUUUGCCCCAGACAUUUCAGGAGCCUCCCAUCCAGUCCCAUCUGAGCUCCAGCUUCAGCUCACCAUGUCUUCAUGGUCACUGCCUGCGGGGACCCUGACUAUGGUACUCUCAUCCAAGAGCUGUGCUUCUCCCACUUCAAGGAGGACAUGGAAGCCAUCGGGAAGACUCUGUGGUGUGACUGGGGGAAGACCAUAGGGAGCUACGGGAAGCUCACCUACUGUACCAAGCACUUGGCAAACAAGAUUGGCUGUUUCUGGCCCAAUCCAGAAGUGGACAAAUUCUUCAUCGCUGUCCACCAUCACUACUUCAGCAAGUGCCCGGUCUCUGGCAGAGCGCUGCGGGACCCUCCCAACAGCGUCCUCUGCCCUUUCAUCAUGCUCCCCAUCACAGUCACGCUGCUCAUGACCGCACUGGUGGUCUGGAGGAGCAAGCGCACAGAGGGCAUCGUGUAGGUGUCCCGGGUGAUGGGGAAUUGGGGCAUCAUGGGCCUGG